AGUGUGACUAAUGAUUGUCUAUUUGCAAUUUUGUGCAGAGGCCACAAAAACAUGGCCUUCUUGAACAUGGGCUUCAUGAUGUUUUAUUUGACUUGGCUUCUUGAUAACGUUCUUUCACACAUACAGAAUGUUUAUUUAUUUUAUUGACGUAAAUGCUGAGUUCAUUACUAUUCACCAAGUCUUUUCUCCUCUACCUCUCUCCAUGUUGUGUCUUCCUUAUUCAAGAUUCUGAUUUACUCAUUCUCUUUUGACAUUACCAAAAUCAAGAAAAGAAAAGAUUAUUCCUAAGUCGUACCCACGUUCCCAUUUGCCCACAUUUCAUGGGUAUAGUAUUACAGAUUUACCAUUCCUCAUGUUCCAAGAUUCCCACCUCUAAUUCAGAAAACCCCCCACCAUUUCUGGGUUAACAGGUAAGUCUAGUUUUUGAACUACUAACAUUGCAUUCAAUUUGAAAGAUCUUGGUCUGUCAAAGUUUUCUUCAACUGUUGGUGCAUUCUCAUUUUCUCUUUGGAAUCUGUUGAUUUGGGUUGUUAACAGUUUUGAUUUUAGGGUUUAAUUAGGACUAGUUUUGACUUGAAAGGCUCAUUCUUGACCAAUAUUAUAUUGCCACUUCAAUUUGAGGCUUUCAUAUAGACGGUAGUAGUAAGGAUUUAGUUUUUGGGAAGAAGGGGUUUGCAUUCUUGGAUCAAAGGCUGGAAUUUUGGCUAUUUGUGUGCAAAUAAGGUGUUUUGACAAUGCCAAUGUGGAAUUUGGAUGUUUACUGUAUUAUUCUUGAUCAGAAUUGAGACAAACAUCAGAAUUGAAACCUCUACUGAAAAUGGCUUCUCCAGAUUCUUCCCCUUCUCUUGUUCCACUUCCAGAUCUUCCUGGAGCUCCACCUUCAAAUUCUAGCUCUAAUACACCUCCUUCUCCACCUGAUUCUUCAGCUCCACCUACUGACUCCCCUUCUCCACCAGCUCCUGCUUCUCCUCCUCCAUCAGAAUCAAAAUCACCGCCUCCAGCAGAAUCUCCUCCACCUCCAGUAGAAUCUACUCCACCUCCUUCACCACCUCCUCCGCCUAUAGCAGCGGCGCCACCACCUAAAGUAUCUCCACCACCAAAGGCGUCACCGUCACCACCACCACCUUCCCCUAAGGCUCCUCCACCUGCCAAUGCACCACCUUCCCCUAAGGCUCCUCCACCUGCCAAUGCACCACCUCCAGCUUCAUCUCCGCCCCCACCAUCCGUAGAUUCUCCUCCUCCUGCCCCUCCUGUUUCCCCACCCCCUACCCCUCCAGCAGUUUCACCUUCUCCUCCACCACCACCACCACCAGUGAAACUUCCAUCACCACCCCCUGCUCCUCCACCGAAAAACUCCCCUCCACCUAUUGCAUCAACACCGCCUCCAGCCUCAUUGCCAUCUGCUCCUCCACCAGUCCCCUUAACAUCUCCACCCCCUUCUAUUUCCCCUCCUGCUCCAGCUCCCGCUAAUAAUAAUAAUACAUUUCUACCUGGAGCUCCCCCUCCAUUACCUGUGCCUAGCCCUCCUACAGAAAAGCCCACUGCUAAAGCAACCACCCCGAACACUGCUAUCAAUGCAGAUUCAAGUUCUAGAAAUGGUGGCGGGGGAAAUAAGACGGGAGGUGUGGUGGCAAUUGGUGUUGUUGCUGGGUUUUUGGCUCUUAGCUUGGUGAUUCUUGCUGUGUGGUUUACACGGCGGCGAAAGAAAAGAGAGAGUGCAUUUAAUCUCAAUUACAUGGCACCCUCUCCAUUUUCUUCCUCACCAAAUUCAGAUACAUCAUUCCUGAGAUCAAGGUCCCAACAUUCUACUUAUCUAGCUGCAACCGGCUCGCAAAGCAAUUUUAUGUACUCUCCAGACCAUGGCGGUAUUGGAAAUUCAAGAUCAUGGUUCACAUAUGAAGAAUUAUCUGAGGCAACGAAUGGUUUUUCUUCUGACAGUGUUUUGGGUGAAGGUGGGUUCGGAUGUGUUUACAAAGGUGUUCUUAGUGAUGGAAGAGAAGUCGCUGUCAAACAGCUGAAAAGUGGAAGUGGACAAGGGGAACGUGAGUUCAGAGCAGAAGUUGAGAUUAUCAGCCGUGUACACCAUCGUCAUUUGGUUUCACUUGUUGGUUACUGUAUCUCAGAGCAGCAAAGGCUACUUGUCUACGACUAUGUGCCAAACGACACGCUUGACUAUCACCUUCAUGGUGAAGGCAGGCCAGUUAUGGAUUGGGCUACCCGAGUAAAAGUAGCUGCUGGUGCAGCACGUGGACUUGCUUAUCUGCACGAAGACUGUCAUCCCCGCAUUAUCCAUAGGGAUAUCAAAACAUCAAACAUUCUCUUGGAUAUCAAUUUUGAGGCACAGGUUGCAGAUUUUGGGCUUGCAAGGUUAGCAGGUGAUGCCAAUAAUACACACGUGACAACUCGUGUGAUGGGAACCUUUGGAUACUUGGCACCGGAGUAUGCAUCUAGUGGAAAAUUAACAGAGAAGUCUGAUGUUUAUUCAUACGGCGUUGUGCUUUUGGAGCUUAUUACGGGGCGGAAGCCUGUUGACCAAUCUCAGCCCUUAGGUGAUGAAAGCCUGGUUGAAUGGGCUCGUCCUUUGCUUGCUCAAGCACUUGAGACUGAAAAUUUUGAUGAUAUAGUAGAUUCUAGGCUUGAAAAGAACUAUGUUGCGAGUGAGAUGUUCCGGAUGAUUGAAGCAGCUGCAGCUUGCGUGCGUCAUUCAGCCUCUAAGAGGCCUAAGAUGAGUCAGGUGGUUAGAGCUCUAGAUUCCAUGGAUGAGCUGUCAGAUCUGUCCAAUGGAAUGAAACCUGGGCAAAGUGGAAUUUUUGAUUCAAGAGAACAAUCUGCACAGAUAAGAAUGUUUCAAAAGAUGGCCUUUGGAAGUCAAGAAUACAGUUCAGAUUUCUUCAAUUACUCCCAAGGCAGCAGCUAUAAGAGUUGAGUUCUCAAUUGGGUUAUCAUCAAAAGUCGCCAUUGUGUUCCCACUUGGUGCAAAAUCAUAGCAAUUCGCACCGACGAGUUGUUUCUCACAAUCUUCGAAUGAAUUUCCCACUGGGAGAUUGACCUGUAAAUCACUGUGCUAUUCUUUUUUCGGCUAGCGUGGAAAUCUGCAUUCUUUUUUACUCAGUUUUGUUGUUUUUAUUAGAUUACGAGGCAAACAAAUGGUUUUGUAGCAUUCUGAAAUUCAACAUUCUAUUCAUACAAUGUAGAUAUAUUAAUCGAGGGUCGUUUGACUUAAAA